UUGCAGUUUAAGUAGUCGCUCACUUGCCACUCGACCGGUUAAUUGUAAACACCUAAGCUUGUAAAAUGCUCAGAGCGCAUUUAAUUGUAUUAUUUUUAGUCGGAAUCGCGCCAGCACUAGAAGUUCGUGCCGCUUUUUGUACAAAAUACGGACCAGAUGCCAAAGUUAUCAGAAUUUGUUGUCCCGGCUAUGAGGGAGACGGUGUGAAUUGUGUGCCAUACUGCAGGCGGGGUUGCAUAAAUGGUGUGUGUGUUAAACCAGACUUUUGUGAGUGCCAUGAAGGAUUUGCCAAACACAAUGGACCGCACUCGCCGUGCGAACCGAUCGCAACAGAACUUCGUGAACCGCAGGCACCCAGCUGCCACGAGCGCUGCAGCAAUGGCACCUGCGUGGACGACUCAUGCACCUGUGCGCAGGGCUGGCUGCUGCAACAGCACGAAGGACGCGAUAUUUGUGUGCCACAGUGUAACGGCGGUUGUGUUAACGGUUAUUGCAGUGCAGCGAAUAACUGCGUUUGCUAUGAAGGCUUCGAGGCGCAAGCCUCUAAUCAACGCGAGUGUGUUCGACGCUCAAGCAGUGGCGCACUGUGGACGCAAUUAGCGCAAAUGAAUAGGAUUCUAACCGCGCUGCUGCUGAUCAGCUGUUAUUACGCGUAUUGGAGCACUAUAAAUACACACACAGCGCAUCACUCGAAGUGUGACCUGAAACGCAGAGUCAACGACAAACGAUAAGAAACAGCUCGAAAACACACACGCCUACUCAUUCCUCAAUAGUUGUAAACCACAAAUUAUACACGCAUUUCUUUCAAAACUGUACUGAAUUAAGUUAAGAUUUCUUUUUGCAAAUGAAAAAUAAAAAAGCCCUUGUGAUGUAAACAAACAUUUAAAAAUAAACAAGUAAAUAAUUAACACUUACAAUAUAAAAAUAA